AUGUCAAAACGUUAAAAGAAAAUUAUAAAACAAUACACAUAUUAUUUUGUGUUCUUCGCAUAUUAUUAUUAUUGUGUUAAUUAAUGACACAUAAAAUUGUUAAAUAUUAGAAAGACUCUUUCAAAAUACUAAAAAACAAAAUACAGUAUACCCAACGUAGUUCGUUUUCGCCACUAAAAAAAUGAAUGCAGAAACAGGGUCACACAAACCUGUACAAAUUUACCAUACCAGCUAAAAAGAAAAUUUCUUGGUUUGAGGAGAUUGUUUUUGAAUAAUAUGAAACAACAAAGGACAUAGAUUGCAAGAAAAAAAUCAUCACCAUGCUUAAAGCACUUCAAAUGUUUUUGUUCCUUUUUAAAUCUAAGUACAGGAGAAAACAUACCCUAUACUUUGUUAUUAAUUUACUCAUUUUUGUAAGUAUAAUGGUAAGAAAUGUAAUGGGGAAGUGUGUUGAUAACAAUCAGUGUAUGGGCAAUGGACUGUGUAAAAAUGAGACCUGUAUCUGCUUUGAAGGCUGGCAGGGGCCACACUGCCAGUUUUGUGGGGGUAAAGUAAGGCUUGGAGCUAAUAGUGGAACAAUAUUUGAUGGUCCUGGAAAUUAUUCUCUUACUUCAAAGUGCAGUUGGCUAAUAGAUGCUCCACACCAAACCAUUACUUUACACUUUGAAGAAUUUGCCACUGAGUGUGGUUGGGAUCACCUCUAUGUGUUUGAUGGAGACUCUGUAAAUUCCCCUUUGUUGGCUGUUUUCAGUGGAUUAAUGUAUAAAAAUGGAUAUAAGGUUCGAAGAGUUCCAGAAAUAACAGCAACUUCAGGUUCAGCCCUAGUUCAUUUUUUUAGUGAUGAUGCUUACAAUAUGUCUGGUUUUAAUAUCACUUAUAGACUAAAUGCUUGUCCAUCUAUGGUUUCUUCAUUAAAUUGUUCUGGUAAUGGGGAAUGCAUUGACGGUAUCUGUACAUGUGAUGGAGGGUGGGAUGGGAUAGCUUGCCACUUAAGAAAAUGUCCUGACGACUGUGGCGCUCACGAAAAUAGAGGUGUUUGUGAACCUGAGAGAGGAUGUCACUGUUUUGGAGAGUAUAAGGGUGAUGACUGUAGUCAGCUUUCAAGUAGGGGCUAUUGGGAGACAAUUAACAUUCAGAGCUAUGUUCCUCCAGGCUCUGCCUCUCAUUCGGCAGUUGUAUGGAAAGACUCUAUGUUUGUUAUAGCUGGGGAACGAUAUGAUGCUUAUUAUAGAGAACGAAACAUUCCUUUAAUGUACAUAUAUGAUUUUAACGGCAAUGUGUGGGAAACUCCCCAAAUUUACAAAAGCCCUAUGAUGAGAUACGGACAUUCCACCGUUAUUUACGGAGAUAAAAUUUUUUUAUAUGGAGGUGUGGUUGGAAAUAGAGGAACAACUUCGGAGCUAUGGGCCUUCGAUAUAAGCGCGCAAAUAUGGGAAAAUAUAACGGUGAAAGCGGAUGCUUGUAACGUAAGCUUUUUAAUGUGCGGUCCCCUAAAAUCGGCGGGACACACCGCCACAAUAGUAAACAACAACACCAACAAAAAAAAUGAUAAAAUGGUUGUGAUAUUCGGACAUUCCCCUCAGUAUGGAUAUUUAAAUACUGUGCAAGAAUAUUAUUUUGGGACAAGGGAGUGGUAUAUUGUUAAUACCACUGGUUAUCCUGUAAAAGGAGGUUACGGGCAUACAGCAACAUGGGAUCCACUGACUCAGAAAAUAUAUGUUUUUGGUGGGGUUAUUUCUGAAAGUGAAUCUUCACAACAUCUCAGUAGAAACUUGUAUUCCUAUGAACCUAAUGAAAGAAUUUGGAUAUUGUUGGCUGAUGCACCUUCUUCAAGGUUUUUACACUCGGCUACCUUUAUAUCCGGAGGUCUUAUGUUAGUUUUUGGUGGCAACACACAUAAUGACACUGCUCAUAGCUUCGGAGCGAAAUGCUACAGCUCAGAGCUCCUAACGUACGACGUCAUCUGUGAUAGUUGGAAUGUAAUGACAGUCAGGGAAGACUUACACGCUGACCUAGCAAGAUUCGGUCAUUCGGCCGUAACGUUUGAAGGCUCUCUAUAUAUUUAUGGCGGAUUUGAUGGACAGAUGCUAAACGAUAUGUUAAAGUUUACACCUGGAGAUUGCCAAUAUUUCAAUAGCUCUAAUAGUUGUUUGUCUGCUCGCCCUGGAGUGAAAUGCGUGUGGGACGAUAAAAUGCGGUGUUUACCUGUAAUGCGCGUGCCCAAAGAAGUCCUCAGGGAGGACAGUCUAUUAGUAAAGUGUCCAGGAAAAAGGAGCACUAUUCAACAGAUGAUAGUUGCUAAUACAGAAAAAUGUAAAAAAAUGGAGGACUGUCUAAGCUGUGUAUACACGACCUCCGAGUGUGUAUGGUGCAACGGAGUAUGUAUUCGACAAAAAAAUUGUAAGAAUGUUAACGGCGGAGAACAAAUCACAAAUGAAACGGGUCUCGUGACUUACGGACGGAGUGAUUUAUGUCCGGCCGAUCAUAAACCCAUUUGCAGGCAGUUGCAUACCUGUACCGCAUGUACAUAUCAGCCGUUUUGCAGAUGGCGCUUUGAGCAUGCCAAAUGUGUACCUUUCCCGUACACUAAUGCAACAGUAGAGGCUGAUGUGCCGGCCCAAUGCCAAAAAGUAUGCUCAGAAUUUACUUCAUGUUUGAAUUGUACCCAAGAAGAGUGUAUUUGGUGUCAAAAUGAAGGCAGAUGCGUAGAUAAGAAUGCAUAUACUUCUAGCUUUCCUUAUGGCCAGUGUAGAGAAUGGACCACAGUAGGCUCAAAAUGCCGAACAAAAGAGGGGUCAGACGAAAAUACAUCUCAGUGUAGCUUUUACAAGACUUGUCCAAAAUGCAGGGACGACCCAGCCUGUGGUUGGUGCGACGAUGGUUCUAGAACAGGGUUAGGUACUUGUAUGCCAGGAGGAUACGGAGGUCCAACUUUAGAUAUUCACUCCCUAUCGCAUGACGUAUGUUCAGUGGAAAGAUGGCAUUUUACAACCUGUCCUUCUUGUCAAUGUAAUGGCCACGCUCUCUGCAAAGGAAAUUCCAGUAUGUGCCAGACUUGCCAGAAUUUAACAACUGGACCUCACUGUGAGCAUUGUAAGGUGGGUUACUGGGGCAGCGCGGUCAAUGGCGGGAAAUGUCAAAAGUGUGAAUGCAGAGGUCACGCGGACGAUUGCCAUAGAGAGACUGGCAAAUGCCAUUGCAGAACGAAAGGGCUUAUAGGAGACCAGUGCGAGAAAUGUGAUGCGGCUAAUCAUUAUAGACCCGAUAUAUGGAAUAAUGGGUCAUGCUAUUAUGACCUAACAAUAGACUACCAAUUCACUUUCAAUCUAUCCAAGAAAGAAGACAGACACUUUAGGCAAAUCAACUUUAGAAACUCCCCGCAAAAAGCCGAUAUAGAUGUGGAUUUUUCGGUAAUUUGCUCUGAAAUGGCCAAAAUGAAUAUAACCAUGAGGAGAUUUAGUUCGCCGGGCGAGGUUCCUAUAUUUAGCUCUCUAAAUUGUACAACUUUUAGGCAUCGGUUUGGGAAGUCAGACUAUCCAUUUGGAUACGAAAACAAUAUGACUCUUACAACCUUCUAUGUAUAUGUCUAUGACUUCCAGCCCCCUUUGCUAAUUCAGAUCUCAUUUUCCCAGUAUCCUAAGCUGAAUUUGCAGCAGUUUUUUAUUACAUUUUCUUCAUGUUUCCUAUUACUACUUCUAGUCGCCGCAGUGCUAUGGAAAAUCAAACAACGCUACGAUAUGUUUAGACGUCGACAAAGAUUGUUUGUGGAAAUGGAGCAGAUGGCUUCCAGGCCUUUCUCUCAAGUUUUAGUUGAGCUAGAACGGCAAAAAUCGAUUGACUUGUCCGAUAUGUGGAAGAGAGAUAGAAAAAAAAGAGACUCGCCUAGUCCCAUAGCCCUAGAGCCUUGUGAAGGUAGCCGCGCUGCUGUACUGAGUUUAUUAGUCAGGCUACCAACUGGUGGUGAAGAUUACACUGUAAAAGGUCAGGCAGCUGGCCUCUGCAUUGCUAGUGCGCUAGUUACACUGGGCAACCCAAGGCGGCUCAGUAUAGAUCACAUGAAAACGGAAACUAAAACGGGUAAAGCGCGUAAAGGCCAAAGCCAGCACCCCGAUAGUUGUAUCUGAGUCUAAACAGUAAAUGUUUCAAAAUGAUAUUAAUGUUUAGGAAUUUAAGCUAAUGUGAUCAGAUUUUCUCUAGAAUUAGGCCAGAUUUGUCUCGGCGUGUUAAAAAGUUAAAACAUUGUAUUUAUGAGAGAGACGUUUUAAAAAUGUUGGCUUAGAGUGUCAUAGAAUGAAAGGGAGAGAAAAAUUAAAUGUGUUAUAGCAAGAUACAUGGUACUAGAAUAAUAAAUAGAAAGAGAUUAACAUAUGAUUACUGAAGCAUCAUAAAAGCAACGCUUAUUCAAAGUAUUCUAAAAUAUAAGAUUUUGAGUUGUACCGCGAGUUUUGGAGAAGAUAUUUAUUUUACGCUUAUGUGGUACUAUCAAUUCCGUUGCAAAGUACCUUCCAUUAACACCUUAAUGCUAAAUCACCAUUCGCAAAUUGAUUUAAAUAUUAAUUAUAUUAGAAGUUAAAUACUUUGCUUAAGCUUAAUCGUCCAAAUUGUAAAGUUCUUGUUGAAUUUCGAGAAUAUAAUUAAGGUUUGUCUCUAUACCUCAGAAUAGAGGGAAGCAAGUUGCUUCUGUCACACAAUUAAAUCCUUCAAAACGUAGAGCAACAAUAAUACAUAUUUCUUGAUGAACUGUCCAACAUCUGCGACAUCAAAGUUGAUGUAACAUACUGGCAAUAUUGGCUAUUAAAGGCCAAAUUAUUUAUUGGUAUUAGUCCAAAAGUUGAUGUUAUUCGGAUAAGUAAACAUUUUCCUUAUAUCUGGCUUCUAAGCGAGUUAUCAAACUUUUGCGAAAUUUAAUAUGCAUUUCGUACUGAUGAUUGAAAUAAAAUACGUAGGCGUAAGUACAGGCUAAUGAAUUUAAAAAUAAUAUUUUAUCCUAAAUGAGCAGCAAACAAAAGCAUGAAUAUUUUUUAAAAUAAAAGUAAUAGUUUUUUUUAUUAAACUUACUGUGUAUUAAGGUGGAUGUGGGGUCAAUUAAAAUCCAAGCCGUUCAAAACUUUUUUUUCCUUUAAUGCCAACGCUUCGGCAAAUAUAAGGCCUUCUUCAGUGCGCUACAAAUUAAAAAACGAUUAUAAACAAAGUUAAAAAUAUGAUGGUGUACAAGAUACCAAAGUGCUGAUGUGUAAGCAACAAAGUUAAUGAAUAAUAUUUUAAUUAUUAUUAUUGUAUACCAUAAUGUUUUUAACUUUGUUUAUAAUUAAUAUAAUAGAAAAAAAGUUUUGAACUGCGUGGAUUUUAAUUGACCUCACAUCCAACUUACCCUUAAAAGUUUAAAUGAGUGAACUGGGUCACUAAAACAACAUAUAAAUUAAAACGUUAGCAUAAAUAUCAAAAUAAUUAUAAAACAUAUUAAAAAGCUAAUACUUUCAUUUAAGACUAUUGGCGUUACUUAGAGACACUCUAUAUAUAUUGUUUUUUUUACUUAAAAUCGUGUUUAAUAAUUUCGUAACACUUCAAAUUCAACUGUUCGUUUUAUUAUUCUAUCAACUUAAAUUUAGUAAUAACAAAUAUAUUUUUUAUUUACAUACUAUUUUAUCACAUUAAUCAUCUGUCAAAUCCAACAUGACAUAUUUUAAGAAAAUUUAAAUUUUAAUUCAAAAAUGUAUUUUAAAAAUUCCCUGGGAACAAUUUUUACAAAGUGCAGUACAAAACUUUUAUAAAAAUAAGAAUCGUUAAUUUUUUUAAAAAAUGUUUUAGGGGUUUUACAAAUUUCAAGUUUUAUAAUAUUAUAAAAUACAUGCUUGUUCCUUGUGGACAAAAAUCUCUGAAAGCUCUCCAAUUUUUAUAUUAUUUAAGUAAUAUUUAAGACAUGACCAGUUUAAUCAUGAUAUAAAAAAUAAACUACAUUUAUGGAGCAUUUUCCAUAAUGUUCAAAAUGGAAAAAUAAAAAGAAAAUAAUAGUGUUUCAAGACCAACCAAAGCGAAAACGUAUAAUUAACUUUAAAAGCUAAAAUCAAGUAAAUUUAGUAGUUUAAUCGGCGAAAAGACUAUCAUAACAGUUAUUGUCGGAAUUGCCGUUAACCGAUAGGUUUUGGUAUAAUAUGAUACUCUAUAGGUCUAUUACAAAUCUUUCCCGUAUAAUUAUUUCGAAUAUGACGUAACAUUAACUUUGAUAUGAGUUUUCACGUAUCAAAAAUAUCCCGCGGAGAUUAGUAAUUAAACAAAUCAGUUUGAACAAAUAAGAUCCCAAUCAUUUAUUUACUUAAUUAAUAUUAACGUACACUCCAUUGAUUUUAAACUCCACUAAUUUUUUUAGAUGAAGUUUUAGUUUUACUAUAUUGGGUUUAGGUUGAAAUAAAAGGCUUUUAGAUUAUUUAACUUAAAUUUGGUCUUCUAGUAUGAUAUCUUUUCAGAUAACGUUACCAUGCCACUUCCUUAAAUGUUCCUUAUUGCUUAUAUUUUAUGUCAUGUUUUUUUUUAAACACAGAUGAUCUAUUUUAUAUAGUUCUGAGGGGAACUGAUAGAGAUCGAAACGUCGAAAUUUAAUGUACAAUUUCAAUGUCUUAACGCCCUACAUUAGAAGAACAAAUUAAAAUAAAGGUUUUCAAAUUAUUCGAGACGUAAAGGAUAAUAUAGGGUGUCUCGUGAGUGAAGGGAUAAAGUUUAUUACGUUUUUUUUUAUAAAUUCGAGCCGAAAAUAUCCUAUCAACAGGAGUCCGCAAAUGCUUCCUUAUCGGGAUACGAUUUAAUUAAUUUUAAUUGUGUUAGUGGGACGAAAACAUACAAUUCUAUUGCAUACAAUAUCAAUUUUAUUUAAGAGUUUUUUUUUAACAAAGUAAUUAUACACAAUAAUUGUUCAAACUAUCCACUUUCACAUCGUAAGCGUAGCCUAGCCGGUUUAAUAAACUGACUUGGCUUUCCCAAAAACAAGUUGGUUAUUACUUAGAUCCUUACGGGUAUUAUUAAUUUUACGAAGCAGUUCAGUUGGGCUGUUUUCACAGAUUUCUCAUAAUUAAUAGUCCAAGAGAUUUAAAUCUGUCGAACGAGAGGGCCAGGAAACACUAUUAACUUUAAAAUAAUAUAUCUCGAUAAGAAAGCAUGCGGACCCGCGUUUAAAGGACAAUUACGACUCGAAUAUAACCCUUUAGGUAAAUUCGUGUUACUUAUAAAAUUUCGCUACGUGUUCUUUAGUGAGUUAAGAUCUCUUAACUCGCUGGACUCCCUGCAUUUUUAAAAAUAAGUAUAACCUCAAGGGCCAACAAUGUAAAUAGAUUGAAGAUAAUUAAGUUGGUGCAUGUUCUCUUUAAAACCUUCUAUAUGUAAAUUCAAUAUUCUUGUCGUAGAGGAUAAAAAAAAACAUUCUUAAAUGAUUUGUGCAAAAUUGCACUGUUGGACUUAAUUUGAAUAUGUUGCUUUUUGAUCACACUUAAAUCUUAAAAGCUAACAACUUGAAAAACCAUCUUGGGCCAACAAAUUGAUUUUUGCUUAUGUUAGAAGUGUAAUUAAACCUAUAUUCACUUAACUAAUUAUUGCUUGAAUUUAAAUCUUUAUCAUAUAUUAUGUAGAAUAGAAACAAAGUUUAGGUCCUAUGUACAUAGUAUAGAAAAUACAACAAAACAUAAUAUCUCUUUGUGAUUGUUAACGUAGAUUCAAUUAUUCUGGGAAUUUAAUUCUUAACUGACAUUAUUUUUAUUUCCGUACGUAAAAUAUUCAUGUUUAUAUUCAUAUUCAUAUCUUUAAAAUUAAAAAAAAAAAUUAUGUGCAUUCUACAAAUACAUCACCAGAUACUUAAGCGGGGAUGCUAAUCACUUUGGCUGGAAGAUGAACUACUGUAUAAUAUGUAUAAAGGUAUAAAUUAUAGUAUUACUUCGAAAUUCAGCGAGUCUUUUACUGAAACACAGAAUGUUUUAGAACCCAACGAAAAAUUACCAGUUCAUUUCCUUAAAAUAAUAACUUGGUUUACAUCAAUAUUGAUUAGACUAAAGUCCAGUCGUAUUUGGGAAAAAUGCCUCUAACGCAUAUGAAAUAAGCAUCCAUGUGUUGCCUAUUAGUAUUAAUUCGUUGACCCUGUACUAGAUUUUGAUUAAAUAAUGUAAUAUUGCCUACGUUUUGUUAUUUUUUAGGACCAUUUUAAAAGACAUAAAUAUACGCACUUUUUAUAUCACAUAGAAAAGGUUAGAUUAUUUAAUUUAUUAGAAAACAAAGUGUAAUCUAUUUAUAAAAUGUUUGCUGCGCUUAUAUGGUAAAAUUAUUAUUUCUGUUUGUGUACCUGAAUACGAAGUAGGAAACUUAUUCAUUCGUAAUAAUUUGUCAAAGCUACUGGAUUUCAGUCUUGCAGGAGACUUUUUUGGCAUUCUGUGUUUUGACACCUCAAUAACAUUUGUUAAUACAGUUGCUAGGAAAUGUAAUAGUUUUUAAUUUUAGCUUAUGUUAUUUAUUACAAUUUUUAAAUUAAUGUUUAUUGCAGCUGUCUGUGACCUAAAAUUCGACGGACUAGAUGUACUUUUUUAAAGACUUCACAAAUAAUUUGUAAUUGUUUUUUUUAUAAUUUUUUUUGUUGGUGUUCGUACAGUUUCCUUAGUUUUUAGAGAUUUUUUUCUAAGUUUAUACUGAUUUGAUACAUAGCAUUAUUAGAAACAAAAUCACGUAAAUUAGGUGUUAUUAUUUAUUAAUUUUAACAAAAAUAAAAAUUGAAAAGCGACA